AUGACUGCGGGCCCCCGAGAAUCAAGAUGGCCCGUCAGCAACGCGUCCAGAGAUUCGCUUGAGUUAGCCUCCCUCGCCUCCCUCGCCUCCUCGUCCGGCCGGCAUAACGGCGAAGACGACGAAGGAGAGGCAGGCAGCUCCAACUCCCGCUCCUCGUCCCCCUCUGGCAUCUCCUCCUCCCGCAAAGCCUCUCUCGAGAACCAAGACCCUUUCUCCGACCCCAUCUACGAACCUACGCGCUCAAGACAUGCACGAUCCUACUCCGUCUCCUCUGCCUUUGACUUUGGCAGUAACCUUUUUCCCCUCUCGCAGACUGUGGGCGGCUAUGUCCCGCUCGGUGGUCCCUCCGCCCUCUCUCUAGACGGCCGCGUCAACGCAAAUGCAGGAUCCCCCGGUGCCUCGUUGAUUGUGUGGGCGGUUGCGGGCCUGUUGGCCUGGACCGGCGGCGCGAGCUAUGCGGAACUAGGCGGUGCGAUACCCCUGAAUGGCGGUGCGCAGGUGUACCUGGCCAAGAUAUUUGGGGAGCUGAUCGGUUUCUUGUUUACCUGGUCUGCGGUGUUUGUGCUGAAACCAGGCUCCGCGGCCAUCAUCUCGAUCAUAUUUGGCGAAUAUGUUGUGCGGGCGAUCGUUGGUGCGGACGUCGAAUUUAUUAGCCCUUGGGUUAACAAGGGGGUGGCCAUUCUGGGCCUUUUGAUCAUAACGGGUCUGAACUGUAUAUCUACCCGCCUGGGUACGCGCAUCGGGGACGUGUUUAUGUUUUUCAAGUUUUUGGCCCUCCUCGGGGUUACCAUUAUCGGGAUCGUUGUCGCUACUACAGGACUGUCAUAUAAGGGUGAGCCGGAGCGGGAAUGGCGGACGACGGGCUGGUUCGAGGGUACCAGCACCGAUGUUUCAAGCUGGGCGGUAGCGUUGUAUGCGGGCUUGUGGGCAUUUGACGGGUGGGAUAACACAAAUUACGUGACGGGAGAAUUCAAGAAUCCCAGCCGCGAUCUCCCCCGAGCAAUCCACACUGCCAUGCCCGCCGUCAUCCUAUGCUACAUGCUCGCGAACAUCUCCUACUUCUUCGUCCUACCCUCGUCAACCAUCAACGCAACCAACACCGUUGCCGUCCAAUUCGGCGGGAAAGUCUUCGGUCCCAUCGGCGCCCUAGUUCUCGCUCUCGUCGUCUCCGCCAGCUGCUUCGGCGCCCUAAACGCCACCGCCUUUACCUCCGGCAGACUCGUCUACGCCGCAGGGCGCGAAGGCUACCUGCCGUCGAUCUUCGGGAAGAUCGGCAUAGCAGGCUCCGCCGCCAGUGCAGCAGGGUUGCGGCUCCGCCAUCGCUCCUGGUUCCGCGAGGCCCUCAUCCGCGUCUUCGGCGACGACGUCGGAAUCGGCUACACGCCCAUCUACGCCAUGAUGUUCAACUUCACGCUGACAACUAUCUACAUCUCCGUCGGCGAGUUUGCGACCCUGGUCACCUUCUAUGGCGUGGCGGGGUACACCUUUUAUUUCCUUACGGUGCUGGGGCUGAUUGUGCUGCGGAUCCGGGAGCCGCACCUGGAGCGGGCGUACAAGACGUGGAUUACGACGCCGAUUAUCUUUUGUUGCGUGAGCUUGUUUCUGCUGAGCCGGGCGGUGUUUGCGGAGCCGCUGCAGACGCUCCUUGUACUUGGGUUUAACGUCGCGGCAGUUCCGGUGUAUUUCUGGAGGAUUAGAAAAAGAGAUGGGAAGAAUCUGCUCAGCGUGGAAGCGGGUUGGUGGAAGUUUUGGAAGAGGUGGGCCAGUUCGUGA